AUGAGCGCCUCCUUUCCAAAAUCUGAUUCCACAACCUCCUUACUGAAAUCCUCCUCGGCGGCGGCGAAGAGACCGACACACCUCCCCGAACAUACAGCAGAGAGCCGGAGAAGUCAGCAUCACCAUCAGCAUCAGCACCAGCAUCACCACCGUCCCGCUGCACUCCACAGCAGCAGCAGCAAAGCCGAGGAGUCCUUCUGGUCGGCCGAGUGCGACAUUAGCGCCCGGAGACCCCUGUGCCAUCCGUCCCUCGUCGGCAGCCAGGACAGUAGUAAUAAUGCAGCCACUCGGGGCAAGUGCAAGUCACAUGCUCCUCACAGCCAAGUUCCCGUGCCGCCGCCGGAGCCAAACGGCGAGGCAGGCCGAGGUGUGAGGGAGCGCUGCAGGACGUCCAAGCCCACACAUCGACACCACCACCGCAGAAAGCACAACCGAGAGGACCGUCCGCCGGCAGCAGGACCGCCGGAGCCCGAGCAUCCCCGUCGCUGUCACACGCACUCCCGCCCGGUCCCCAGGGUGCCCUCUCUGUCGGACAGCAACGACGACAGGGCUCCUCUCUGUGAGCCGAGGGGCCAUAAGGGCGCAGGUUUGGCCAACAGCGGCGAACAGGUCAGCAGUCCAUCCCCGUCCUCCUGCUCCCUGGUCCCGCUGUCCAGCAGGUCCUCUCGUCGCUCUCGGAGGUCCAGCGCUGCUUCCUCUGCAUCCGAUAUCAAUUUACGCACCAUCCUCAAUUCUCUCUUCGGGCAGGACAGAGAGCUGAGGCCAGAAGAAAUGGAUGAGCUGCGAGAUGCUUUCAAAGAGUUUGACAAAGACAAGGACGGGUUCAUCAGCUGUAAAGAUCUGGGAAACUGUAUGAGGACCAUGGGGUACAUGCCUACUGAGAUGGAGCUGAUAGAACUGAGCCAGCAGAUAAACAUGAACUUGGGAGGUCAUGUGGAUUUUGAGGAUUUCGUAGAGCUGAUGGGCCCAAAACUUCUCGCUGAAACUGCAGACAUGAUCGGAAUAAAGGAGUUAAAAGACGCAUUCAGGGAGUUUGACACAAACGGAGAUGGUGCUAUAAGCACCUCUGAGCUGCGGGAUGCAAUGAGGAAGCUGUUGGGCCAACAAGUAGGUCUGAAGGAGGUAGAAGAUAUCCUAAGGGAUGUCGACUUGAAUGGUGACGGACUUGUUGACUUUGAAGAGUUUGUACGAAUGAUGUCUCGCUAAGAUCAUGGAGAUGAUCAGUCCUGAAUGUGAAGCUGUGUCCUUCUCUAAACUAGACCAAGUACAACACAGGACAAGCUAAGACCCUCUGAGCCAUCCAAAUCUGAAUGACACUGGAAUCGAAACUCCUUGAAUGUUUUGGAGCGAGGAGUCACCUCACACUUUCAAUCAAUAAGUGUUCUUCCUGAAAAGUCUCCGGUUCAACUGAGGCGGAAUUUGCUGUAGCCUAGCUGACGAUUGUCUAAUUUAUGUUUUUGCACUUUAAUUCUCACUAAAUAUCUUCCUGUGUGGAUAGGUUGCUGGUGUCCUGUCUCAUCCUCUCCAUGGUAUAGAUAAGUGUCUUGCAAACUGUCGCCUUCGAUGUACAACAACGUCAGAAUGGGAGAUUGAAU